AUGGUACCGGCUCGGCCCAGCCGGGUGGUCACUAUGGUAACUAGAGGUGGGUCACGGCUGUGGGCGCAUGCGCGCGGUGCCGUUGAGUUGCGCGGCGCGCCCGCGGGCCCCUCAGCUAUCUUCGACAUGGCGCUGAGACGGCGACGAGGCGUCCGGGUCUGCGCCCGGCUGCCCGACUUCUUCCUGCUGCUGCUUUUCAGGGGUUGCUUGAUAGGGGCUGUGAACCUCAAGUCCAGCAACCGAAACCCAGUGGUACAUGAAUUUGAAAAUGUGGAACUUUCUUGUAUCAUUACGGACUCACAGACAAAUGACCCUAGAAUUGAAUGGAAGAAAAUCCAAGAUGACCAAACCACCUAUGUGUUUUUUGACAACAAGAUUCAAGGGGACUUGGCUGGUCGUGCAGAAAUAUUGGGGAAAACUUCCCUGAAGAUCUGGAAUGUGACACGGACAGACUCAGCACUUUAUCGCUGUGAGGUGGUUGCUCGAAAUGACCGCAAAGAAAUUGAUGAGAUUACCAUUGAGUUAAUUGUGCAAGUGAAGCCAGUAACCCCUGUGUGCAGAGUCCCCAGGGCUGUGCCUGUAGGCAAGAUGGCGACACUGCAGUGCCAAGAGGGCGAAGGCCAUCCCCGGCCUUACUACAGCUGGUAUCGCAAUGAUGUACCGCUGCCCACAGACUCCAGAGCCAAUCCCAGAUUUCGGAAUUCCUCCUUUAUCUUGAACCCUGAGACAGGCACUCUGGUUUUUAGUGCUGUUCACAAGGAGGACUCUGGGCAGUACUACUGCAUUGCUUCCAAUGAGGCAGGCUCAGCCAGGUGUGAUGAGCAGGAGAUGGAAGUCUAUGACCUGAACAUCGCUGGAAUUAUUGGAGGAGUUUUGGUUGUCCUAUUGGUUCUGGCUCUGAUAACGUUAGGCAUCUGUUGUGCAUACAGACGUGGCUAUUUCAUCAACAAUAAACAGGACGAAGAAAGUUACAAGAGCCCAGGGAAGCUGGAUGGAGUUAACUACAUCAGGACAGAUGAGGAGGGUGACUUCAGACACAAGUCGUCAUUUGUGAUCUGAGAUCAGGCGAUGUGACAGAGCACAUGCAAAUACCUCUACCCCUGAAGGCAGCCGUGAGCCACGUGCACUCGGACAGAGCUAGACACUCAUGCAGAAGCUUUUUAUUUUGGCCAAAGUUGACUGCUACUUCUUAACUCUUUAACAAGCCUCACAGAAAAAAAGAAUCUUCCUCAAAAUGGGCACAGUAACCACCAGGACAGGACACAGAUGGACAUCACUAUUGAGCUCCCAGUAUGUUGCCAGCCCAGUUUUCAUGAGGGUGUUAACUAGGAUCACCGACAUCAGCUUUCCUUGGCUGAUGAACACCCACUUGCUGUUCAUGUUCAGCAUUGGCCGAGGGAGCAGACAAGGUGGCUGAGCAGUGUUGGCAGCAAUAUUGAGCACCACAGGAAGCCCAGGGCCUUGACUUCCCGCUCUGCCUGGGAAAGGAUGUGCAUGCAGUGCUCACUCUGUGAGCCCUGACCCUACUGUGCUGUAUUUCCUUAAGGCCUUGGCGGUCAGAGUUCUGUCUUGAAAAAUCUUUUGGGAUCGGCAUUUUCCAAAAAAACCAUUAUCAGGAAGAUAAAUUGCUUUCUGGAUGAGGGCUCUGCUUACCCCAAGGAAAACUGCUUGUCCAGAGUAUCAGGAUUUAAGAAAACCUUGUCUUAGGCCAAGUCUGAAAUGGUACUGAAGUAUGCUUUUCUAUGGGUCUUGCUUAUUUUAUAAAACUUUACAUUCUAAAUUUUUGCUAAAGAUGUAUUUUGAUUAAAAAGAAAAUUUCUAUUUAAACUGUAAAUAUAUUGUCAUACAGUGUUGCAAAAGCUAUUUUUUUUAAGAGUUCAACUUACUAUGUUAAAUUGGAAAAUACCAAUAAUUAAGUUUUAUAACCAAGGAAUUCUCCUCUCAGAGGUUUACUAGUACAUUCCUUUGUCCAUUAAAGUUUAAACAUUUUCAUGAGAAAAUUUAUGCUGUCUGUAUAGCAGACCACUGUUGCUUAAAAAGCCUUUAAAAAAUUCCAGUCUAGCAAUGUUGGUAUCUGCAUCUCUCCAAAAGAAACCCUGGGACCCUCAGGUUGGCUUUGAACAGCCUCUUCCUGAGAUCAGUAAAACUGCCUAUACCCAAAGACUGCCAGAGGCCUUAGACAUGUGUACAUGCCCACAUUGGUGGCUAGUCCACGCCACCGUUCAAGUCAGUUUGGGCCACUAACUCAAAAAAAAGUGUCAGCCAGAAUGCCCUCCUCCACUUCGCAGUUGUGACCGUGCUUCUUCUCUCAACUAACUCUAGUAGUGUUGUCAGUGGGCUCAGCAGUGCUUGGAGGGUCUCAGGCGGUAUCCUCCAUGGGUUGCCCAGCCUGCAGCUUCCUGUGACACCCUCUUUUGGUUAUGGAUAGCUAUGAAUCAAAGCAGUCACUGCCAUUUGGUUUUUAGGUUCAUUUCCAUUAUUUGUUUAGUCAGAAAGACUGUAGGGCCAAGGCAAAUUUGAAAUAAAAGCUGUCAACUACAAUAAUAUUUU